UCUUAGUUUUUACGCCAUCCCCGCCAUUGAAAUUCCCUCAUUGCCCCCUCUAAUGGCUCUGAAAUCAUCACUUAUUGUAUUACUGUUAACCCUUAUGCCCAUCUUCCUCAUGAUAUCAGGAGCCUCUUGUAAGGAAAAGAAUAUGGUGUUUUACGUGCAGGAAAUACUGAGUGGACCAAAUGCUACGAUACUUUCAUCUGCAGGAGUGAAUGGAUCGUCUUCCAAUCCUCGAUCAUUUGGAACAGUUUUUGUGAUUGACGACGUUAUAACACAAGGACCUCACCCUAAUUCCAAGUUUUUGGGAAGAUAUCAAGGAGUGGAAGCCAAUUCAGAUCUAAGUGGAAAGGAUUUUCAUCUGGCUGCCUCUCUUAUAUUUGAGAAUGGCAGCACCCUUGAGAUCCAGGGGACAAUAAUAUCUCAAUUGCCAAAGAGAGAGCUCUCUGUGGUUGGAGGAACUGGGCGAUUCAGAUAUGCUCGUGGAUUUGUUAUUGUUCAAAUUGUAGCAACCGAUGGAGUGAAUUUCACAUUUAAGAAUAAUGUAACGAUUUGGACACCAUCUGAUUGAUAUUGAUUGGGCAAACUGCUU